GGGAAUCUCGGGUUUCAUCGAUUCUUCUCCAGACGAUCUUCUGUCCUUCAGCUUCGUUGCUGGUUUGAAGCGGCGGAUGAAUCUUGGUUCUCAUCGGUACCAGAAAUGUUUGGUACCUUUUAGGAAGUAAAGUUCUGAUUCUGAAUGUUUGCUGAAACAUCUUGGGUAAAGAACUAAAACACUCCAGGUAUCCGUCGGUACCGGUUCUCGGUUCUGAUCUUUAUGCCAAAUGAGGGACUGUGAGGAUUUCGUCUUUACUUUUCAUUGUGCAGCUCAGAACCGGAGGUGGAGUUGUUCCGGACCACGGUUAGCAUACCGGGCCGGAACCGGGCCGUCUUCCUGCUGAUGUACGAGGAGCUUCUGCAGCGGCGGCUGGGAAGCUACGAGCUGGUCACCAGCCUCCGGCCUCUGCAGCUGGUCAGCCGCCUCAGCCUGGACGUCACCAUCGUGGACCAGGCGCCCAUCGUGGACCUGGAGGUUCUGCCGCUCCGCGGCGAAAAGAUCACAGCCAAAUCCGAGGUUCCCAUCACGACUGCAGUCACCAAUGAAAACAACGUCUGGAAGGUCACCUUCAGCCCCAACAUCGUCCAGCAGGCCAAGAUCUCCACCAGCGGCGUCCUGGGAGACUUCGUGAUCCGGUACGACGUCCAACGGGACACGGGGAUCGGAGACAUCCAGGUUUUGAACGGACACUUCGUCCACUACUUUGCUCCCAAAGAUCUGCCGGUCGUUCCCAAGAACGUCGUGUUUGUGAUCGACAGCAGCGCCUCCAUGCUGGGGAAGAAGAUGAGGCAGACCAAAGAUGCUCUGUUCACCAUCCUGAGGGACCUGAGACCUGCUGACCACUUCAACUUCAUCAGCUUCUCCAACAGGGUCAAGGUUUGGCAGCCGGACGGUUUGGUGCUGGCGACGCCGCUGAACAUCCGAGACGCCAAGAAGUUCAUCUACACGCUGAUUCCCAACGGCGGCACAAACAUUGACGGAGCCAUCCAGACCGGAUCUGCUCUGCUUCGGGAUUACCUGUCGGACCCCGACACCGGACCCAACAGCGUCUCCCUCAUCAUCUUUCUGACGGACGGCCGGCCUACGAUCGGAGAGACUCAGUCCGCCUCCAUCUUGGGAAACACUCGCUCUGCCGUGCAGGAAAAGUUCUGCAUCUUCACCAUCGGGAUUGGGAACGAUGUGGACUACCGGCUGCUGGAGCUCAUGGCUCUGGAGAACUGCGGGAUGACGAGACGCAUCAGCGAGGAAGCCGACGCUAGCGCUAUGCUCAAAGGGUUCUACAGUGAGAUCGGAACGCCGCUUCUGUCCGACAUCCGGAUCAACUACACCCAGAACUCGGUCGGCUACGUCACCCAGAGCCUCUUCACCAACUUCUUCAACGGCUCGGAGAUCGUGGUGGCCGGGAAGCUGACCGACCGCAGCGCCGAGUCGCUCCACGUCCAGGUCACCGCCAGCAACAACGACCGGCUCAUCACCAUGGAGACGGACGUGCCGCUGCGCCACCUGCAGGCGGAGACGGAGAAACACGUGAAGGAAGCCACUGCGGUGGUGGGGUCAGGGGUCACGCAGGGGUGGGGGAGCUCCCUGGGUUCAGUGGCUGCAGACUUUGUGCAGCGUGUUUGGGGUUUCCUCAGCGUGAAGGAGGGGCUGCGGGCGCGGCUACGCAGCCGCUCCAGCAGGGAGAGGGAGGAGCAAACCCAGCAGGCCACCAACCUGUCCCUCACCUUCCGCUUCCUCACCCCGCUCACCCACAUGGUGCUGGACCAGCCCCACCCCCCGACCCAGGCCUCCGUGGCCCCGCCCACACCUGGUGCCGCCUCACCGGCCAAUGAGCUGCCAGCUGCAGACGACGAGCCGCCACAGAAACCAGACAGGAACCUGGGCGGCCCGGUUUCCUCUCUGAGCAGCCGGACGGGAAAAGCUGAGAGCGAACCGCUCAGGAAAUCCAUCAGCAUCUCCAAAACCUCAGCGGACGGCGACCCUCACUUCGUGGUGGAGUUCCCUCUCAGUAAGCUAACUGUUUGCUUCAACAUCAACGGAGAGCCUGGAGACGUCCUGCGUCUGGUUUCUGACCACCGGUAUUCUGGUGUGACGGUGAACGGCCGGCUAGUCGGUGCUCCUGCGCCCCCUGGCAGCCAUAAGAAGCAGCGGACGUACUUCAGCAGCGUCGCCGUGGUGAUGGAUCGCCCGCACCGGGCCUACAUCGAAGUGACCCCCACCAAGGUCAUCCUGGAUGGGCGGGACCGCAUCAUCCUGCCCUGCCACGCCACCGCGGCUGUGGACAGCGACCGGCUGUCCGUCGCCGUGGUGGGCGGGGCCAAUGUGACGGUGACAGUGGGAGGAAACAUCAGCUUCGUCAUCCUGCUGCACCGGUACAAAAACCCCAGCCCCUACCAGAGAGACCACCUGGGGUUCUACAUCGGCAACAGCGCCGGGCUUUCACCGCGCUGCCACGGCCUGCUGGGUCAGUUCCUGCAUGAGGAAGUGGGCGUGGCGCCGCUUCCUGCGCUUCCCGCGCCGGGAGAUGCGGGAGACUUGAACCCGACCGCAUUCCUGAAGGUGAAGGAGCGGUCGGUACCGGUGGUUCGGAAGAGCAGGCGGAUCUACGGCGGGAAGCAGAGCGUGGACUGCUGGUUUGCCCGGAACAACGCAGAGAAGCUGAUCGACGGCCGGUACGAGGAUUACGUCACGGCUCACCUGUUCGACACCGGAAACAACAACGCAUGAGCACUGUCAUUAUUAUCAUUAUUAAUUAUUAUCUGAUUUAACUAAGCAUCCAACUAUAACUUAAUGACGUCAUGUUUGUACCUGUACGUUUUAUUUUCUAUUUCUAAUGAAAUGAAAUGUUUUAUGCUGUUUAAUAUUUUCCAUGUUGAGGUGAAUAAAACCUUUAAACUAGUUUUAGACUCAUUUGUUAAAUUUCUCUAACAGCUGUUUGCUACCUGGCCUCAUUAACCUGCAGCUGCACCGCAGGCCCCGCCCACACAGGUGUGCUGCAGGCCCCGCCCUCACAGGUGUCGGUGGUAAGAACUGAACUCCAACAGCAGCUCUGGUCUCAGAAUAAUCAUGUUUAUUCAGGUUCAGAGCAGAGCGGGCCUUUGGGUCUGACCGGAACCAGCAGAACCUUUCAUCCUUUAUUUGGUUUAUUAAAAAUACAUUCAAGUACAAAUAAAACAUGAAGCAAUGAGGAAUAAACAGAAAUAUGAUUAAAGAAUCGAUCCCAGAAUAUAAGUAUCUCAGUAAACAAAUACAAAUAAAUGUGAUAAUUAUAUUACUGCACAGAUUAUUAAACAUUCCUUUGGCUACAUGUGGAGUUCAAUUCAUUCAAGACAAAAGUCGUUCUACCAAAAUUAUUAGAGAAAUUAUUUUUUAACCCAAAUAUUAGUUUUUAUUUAUGUAGAAAAACAUCAUAAUUCUUCACAAAACAUUUUGUAUGAUUUACCAACCAAACAGAUUCUGAUUCUGGAGCUGCAGAGGAAUGAUUCAGUGGAAAAUCAGGUGGAAGGAAAAACUUCAGUGCACUGAGCAGCAGAGCAGAUGGA